GUUUCAAGCAGAUACAGCACGACUUCAACCGUAAAUCCUAAAUUUUUCUUUCGAACUGCGAUUUUUGUUUGGGUUUACUUUCUCUCAGUUCCUCACCGUUCAAAGCCCUAAUUUUUACACCAAAACCACGAUUUUUAUUAACAGUGUUCAUCGAAACCUAGCUCGAACCUAUACUUAGCUAUCCACUAUGAACUGCGAAGCAUGCCAACUCAAGGAACUGGUGCUUGAGCCCGUGGAGAUCCGCGAGGUGUUGCGAUAUAUUUUUAAUCUAUUGAAUGCAGGCAUAUUGCAUACAAUUGUAUUUAACAGAGCACUGGGACUUGUUCGGCCAAAAGAUGUAGAUUGUGAACUUUUUGAAAUUACUUAUGUACAAUGUGGAGAUCCAGAGUUGGAGAAGAAAAUAGAGGAGAAGAUUGACCACUUCAUUGGUUGGGUGGAGAAACAUCCAAACAGGAAAAGCCAGGUGUCUUUGUCUUUCUACGAGGUCAAGAACAAGCAACCGACCUGGUUCAGUAACAAAAUUGAACGCCUUUACUGGGAGCAAUGGCACAUUAACUUGCAUGUGGUGACUCCCAAAAUACACGGAAAGUCUCAUCAUUCUAAGGCAUCUGCACUUUCUCGAGAAACUGCAAUGGAAGAGAGCAGUUCCCGUCGUGCUGCCUUGGAGUCUUCCCUCCGAGAUGUCUUGUUUCAGGUCAUAAAAUUCGUCAACGAGAAGAAGGAUCAUAUUCCUUCAAUAUCCAAUUCUGAAGUGAUAUCAUUCCCCUAUGAAAUCACCAUCCCAAGUUCAUCAGAUUCUUCGUUUGGGUGGCACACCGAUGUCAUCAAGAGGAUGCUGCAGACUGGGAACCCUAGCAUGCUGAGCUGAUCAUUUUAACCGGAUUUGUACAGAAGAAAGGUGAAGAUGUAAGAGCAGGUGUUUCGCUGAGAGAGAGUGAGCACUGAGCAGUAACCCUUUAGCUUAAUUUGUACAGAGUUCAUACUGUGUAGUAUAUUUAUCAUUAGUAUAUGAAUUUAUAAAUUAUGUCGCAGACGGAUAAGUUUAUGUAAUGUCUGGAAAAAUUAACUUUUAUCGGUGUAUAUUUUAUGGUAUCUGCUAUUACUAUGC